AUGCAACCUCAUGAACAUAUACAAAUCAAAGAGUCAUUUCUUGUCGGGAAAGCGUUGCUAAAUUUUACUUCAGUGUUUGUUUCCCUUGGUGUGUUUCUAUUUGGAUUUGAACAAGGUUUAAUGUCCUCAUUAAUCACCAACAACUAUUUCAAAGUUUAUUAUCAUGAUCCAACACCAGCAGAAAUCGGUAUCAUGAUUGCAAUUCUUGAAAUUGGAGCGUUAUUUUCGUCAUUUGUUGCAGGAAGAGUAGGUGAUUUGGUGGGAAGAAAAAAAACCAUCCGGUAUGGGUCUUUUAUCUUUGUUGUUGGUGCUUUAAUUCAAUUCUUAUCUCCCAACAUCUUAAUCUUGAGUGGUGGUAGAUUAAUCGGGGGUGUAGCCAUUGGAUUCCUUACCACAAUUGUCCCCUGUUAUCAGUCGGAAAUCAGUCCACCUACUGAUAGAGGUUUCUAUGCUUGUGCUGAAUUUACGGGGAAUAUUAUUGGAUAUGGUGCAAGUAUUUGGGUUGAUUAUGGAUUUUCAUUUUUGGAAAGUGAUGCCAGUUGGAGAAGUCCACUUUUUGUUCAAUUUUCCAUGGGCGUAUUGCUUUGGUUGGGAACUUUUGUUAUUGUGGAAACACCACGUUGGUUAUUGAAUCAUGACCAUGAUUUAGAAGGUAUGAUUGUUAUUGCUGAUAUGUAUGCUGAUGGUGACGUUGAAGAUGAACAUGCAAAAAAUGAGUAUAGAAACAUCAAAGAAAGUGUAUUGAUUGAUAGAAUUGAAGGUGGAGAAAGAUCAUAUCAAUAUUUAUUCAAACGGUAUGCCAAAAGGUUAUCAGUUGCUUGUUUUGGAUUGUUAUUUAGUCAAUUAAAUGGUAUCAACUUGAUUUCCUAUUAUGCACCAAUGAUUUUUGAAAGUGCAGGUUGGGUUGGUAGAAAAGCAAUUUUUAUGACAGGGAUCAAUGCCAUCAUUUACAUCUUGAGCACAAUACCGCCAUGGUACUUGGUUGACUCGUGGGGUAGAAAACCAUUGUUGAUGCUGGGGGCAUUAUUAAUGGGUAUACCACUUUACUUGGCUGGUUAUUCAUUAUACCUAAACAAUGACUAUACUGCAGCUGUUGUUGUCACAUGUAUCAUCAUUGCAAAUGCAGCUUUUGGAUAUUCGUGGGGUGGUAUUGGAUGGCUCUUACCUUCGGAAAUUUUACCAUUACCAGUAAGAUCAAAAGGAGCUGCUAUUGCAACGGCCACCAAUUGGCUUUCUAAUUUCGUGGUUGGGUUAGCAUCACCAAUCUUGUUGGAUCAGAUCAAAUGGAAAACUUACUUGAUCCCAGCUUCAUUUUGUAUCUUGUCAUUCUUUGCCGUAUGGUAUUUAUUUCCUGAAACUAAAGGGUUAUCUUUGGAAGAAAUGGGAUCAGUAUUCGAUGACAAAUCGUCAAUUUUCUCCUAUCAUGCAGCAGGCACCAAUGGUAACGGAAAUGGAGGCAGUAGUAGUAGUCUCAGCAUUCAUUCAAGUUCCAACUACGGCUCAACUCAAGAACGAAGAUUAUCCAAUGCUGAAUUUGUUACUGAUUCAGUACAAACAGCGGCUUCAAUGGCUAGAAAUCCAGCAACUAUGCGUCCAGAAUUGGAUGAUAAUAUAAUUGCGGGUGCUAGUAGUACAGCUCAUUUAUCAUCAGGCCCAUCGUCGUCCAUCAAGCCGGUUAAAUCGGAUGGUACUUCGAUUGCAUCUAUUGAUGGAUCAGCUAAUGCUUCUGAUGCCAUUAUACAAGAAAUUGAACCACCUGCAUUUGAGGAUAUCUUAAUGUUUAAAGUUAAAGAACAAUCACGACCAUUUUUUUUCGUUGAAUGGUUUACGGGGUCGAAAAGUAAAAAGACCAAUGAUGAAGAAAGGAGACUAUUACAAUAG